CGUGUUCUGUUCCCCGGACAGCACAAACGCAGAGAGCGAGCGAGACCGAGAGAGACAGAGAGAGAGAGAGAGGAGAGGAGAGGAGCCGAGCAGAUGGUUUCCGCUGUGCUGAGGACCAUCCUGGUGACGGGCGGCGCCGGCUACAUCGGCAGCCACACCGUGCUACCGCUACUCCAGCAGGGCUUCCGCGUUGUCGUCGUCGACAACCUCGACAACGCCUCCGAGGUCGCCCUCAUCCGCGUCGCCGAGCUCGCCGGACACAACGGCACCAACCUCGUCUUCCACAAGGUUGAUCUUCGCGACAGGCACGCGCUGGAGGAGAUCUUCUCUUCGCAGAGGUUUGAGGCGGUGAUUCACUUUGCUGGGCUGAAAGCUGUUGGCGAGAGCGUGCAGAAGCCCCUUCUCUACUACGACAACAACCUCAUCGGAACAAUCACCCUGCUGGAGGUGAUGGCUGCACAUGGCUGCAAGAAGCUGGUGUUCUCUUCGUCAGCAACCGUCUAUGGGUGGCCCAAGGAGGUGCCAUGCACUGAAGAAUUCCCCCUUUGCGCCAUGAACCCCUAUGGCCGAACCAAGCUUGUCAUUGAAGACAUCUGCCGCGAUGUCCAUCGCUCAGACCCUGAUUGGAAGAUUGUACUACUUAGGUACUUCAACCCUGUUGGUGCUCAUCCAAGUGGAUACAUUGGCGAAGACCCCUGCGGAAUCCCAAACAACCUGAUGCCCUAUGUUCAGCAAGUUGCUGUUGGGAGGAGACCUCAUCUUACAGUCUAUGGAACUGACUACAACACGAGUGAUGGAACUGGGGUCCGCGAUUAUAUCCAUGUUGUUGACCUGGCUGAUGGCCACAUAGCAGCCCUGAGGAAGCUCUAUGAAGACUCUGACAGAAUAGGGUGUGAAGUAUACAAUCUGGGCACAGGAAAGGGGACAUCAGUCCUGGAAAUGGUAGCUGCAUUCGAGAAGGUUUCUGGAAAGAAAAUCCCGCUGGUGUUUGCUGGACGAAGAGCUGGAGAUGCAGAGAUUGUUUAUGCUGCAACUGCCAAGGCCGAGAAAGAACUGAAAUGGAAGGCGAAGUACGGGAUCGAGGAGAUGUGCAGAGAUCUAUGGAACUGGGCAAGCAAGAACCCGUAUGGGUAUGGAGCACGCGAGGACGCCAAUUGAAACUGAAACUGAAGGACGUGCAUCCAUCCUCCAAUAGCAGUAACUUUUUUUUUGGGUCAGGGCAAUAGCAGUAAUUUAUCAUUAAAAAGAAGAGAGAAAAAACAAAUCUUGAGUACUAGUAUACUAAUUCGACGGAUGAGCCUCAUUGUAUAGAGGGGGCCGAGCCAAGCUUAUUAGUAGUAAGUAGCCUUAAUUAGCUUCUGUCUAAUCUCCAUGGUAGAAAUAAACCCCGUGUCAUUGAUAUUGUGCUGCCAACCGUGGAAUAACAAUCAUAUAUGUUUAUAUCAAUUUUUCCUUGAUGCA